AUGACGGCGUCCUGCGCGCCUCGCCGGGCGCCUCCCGGCCGCCCAGAGAGUCCCCCUUUUCUUUGGUGCUGCAGCGGGAUUCUUUUGCUGUCCUUAGUGCUCCCGUUGCCCAUAUUCUCCGGUCCCUGUAUUGAUCCACCAGUAUUGGAGAGUAUGAAGCUCAAGGGUGUCAUUAAACGCCAUUAUUAUCCUGGGGACAGAAUAGACUAUGAGUGUCACAGAGGAUACUUUUAUGUGUGGCCUUAUCUCCUCGCAUCUACUUGUGAGCCUAAUGGCUCAUGGAGCCCUAUUGAAGAAGCAUGUUUAAGAAAAUCAUGUUCAAAUCCAGAAAUAAAACAUGGUGAAGUAUAUGCCCCAAAUAAAACCUUUGAGUUUGAAUCAGAAGCUCACAUUUCUUGUAAUGAGGGUUAUUACUUAAGAGGAAAAAAAAUUCUAACUUGUAACCUUAUUGGAGAUAAUGUGCAUUGGAGUGAUUUGAUACCACAUUGUGAAAAGAUUUUUUGUGGACGACCUCCAAAAAUAAAACAUGGAAAACACACCAAUAGCUACAGGAAUAUAUUUGAAUAUAAUGAAUUAGUAACUUAUAGUUGUAAUCCUUCAAAUGGAUCAGAUGAAUACUCACUUGUUGGAGAGAGCAAGCUUAUUUGUUCUGGACCUGGCAAAUGGAGUAGUGCCGCUCCUCUGUGUAAAGUGGUCAAAUGUGAACGUCCAGUACUCGAACAUGGAAUAAUGGUAUCAGAAAGUAGAGAAAAAUUUUCCUACCAAGCAGUGGUGAUAUUUGAAUGCCUCCAGGGUUUUUACCUUAAUGGCAGCAACCUAGUGUUCUGUGGUGGUAAUAAUACUUGGGAGCCUGAGAUGCCAAAGUGUAUUAAAGGUUACAAGCCUACUCAUCCAACCAAGACUCCACUUUUAAAAUAUCCAGGAUAUCCCAAUCCCAGUGACGAAAUACUAUCACUUGAUGACUUUGAGGAUUUAGAUGCAGGAAUCAUUGCUCUGAUUAUUCUUACUGCAAUUGUUGCUGUUGUAGUAGUUUGUACCUGCUUCUACAGAUGUCUUCACAGUGAGAAGAAAGAGGAGAAGGAUAUGAAAGAGAAGGAAGAAAAGGAUAUGAAAGAGAAGGAGAAGAAAGAGAAGGAGGAAAAGGAAAAAAAGGAAAACGAGAAGAAGGAAAAGGAGAAGGAGAAGAAAGAGAAGGAGAUGAAAGGGAAAAAGGAAGUUGGUGCUGGACCCACCACUCACCAGAAAAGACCAACCAGUCCAUCAGUGCAGAAGCACUAA